UGUGGUCAAUGUGGGAAGAGAUUUGCUGUAUCUAGCACUCUGACUCUACACCAGCGAAUACACACAGGAGAGAAACCUUUUAGCUGUGAUCAAUGUGGGAAGAGUUGUACCUCAUCUGGCUCUUUGACUCUACACCAGAGAACACACACAGGAGAGAAACCUUAUAGCUGUGGUCAUUGUGGGAAGAGUUUUUCUGCAUCUACAGCACUGACUAUACACCAGAGAACACACACAGGAGAGAAACCUUACAGCUGUGAUCAAUGUGGGAAGAGAUGUAUUACAUCUGGCUCUCUGACUCGACACCAGAUAACACACACAGGAGAGAAAUCUUACAGCUGUGAUCAAUGUGGGAAAUUUACUAGAUCUGGCUCUCUGACUCUACACCAGAGAACCCACACAGGAGAGAAACCUUACAGCUGUGAUCAAUGUGGGAAGUGUUUUACUAUAUCUAGCCAUCUGACUCGACACCAGAGAACACACACAGGAGAGAAAUCUUAUAGCUGUGGGCAAUGUGGGAAGAGUUUUGCUGCAUCUAGCUAUCUGACUCAACACCAGAGAACACACACAGGAGAGAAACCGUAUAGCUGUGGUCAAUGUGGGAAG